AUGGAGCAAAAGGAUGGCGAUUACCAUAAUAUGGGAGAUCAUCCUUCUGUGAUCGGUUACCCCAACACCGGCCCGGCGGGUUCCAAAGGUCAGAAUAUAGUUCUUGGUACACAAACAGGCAGUGACGUUACGCUGUCAAACUGUUCUACCACGUCGUUGCGUUCCGACCGACUAAGUGUUGAGAAAGCUGAUGGUUCCCGAGAAGAUGCAUUAUCCGUGCAACGUAGUCGUCAGCAAUCGAAUUCCUUACCACUUCCACCCAUGGGUCGUGCAACAGCUCAAGUUAAUCCCAUUAUGACGGCGUCUGGCCGUGGUCUCCAAAUGAUUUCAAGUGGCCCCUUGAUCCCACCCGGUGCACCUCUGUCUUUCGCUUCAGCCCAACCGAACAUUUCUUCUUCGUUAUACAUGGAGGCUCUCUCAUUAACCAUCUGGCAAUUCUACACAAGCACCCGACAGUCUAAAGCCAAAUAUGCCAAGAAGGUACAUCUAAGAAACGCCUUACUUGAAGUAGUAUCUGGUGUUUUCAAAAAUGCUGGAUUGUUCAUUGUGGGCUCCUCAAUGAACGGGUUUGGAUCAGAUCAGAGUGAUAUGGAUAUGUGUUUGACAGUGACCUCCCAAGAUUUGCAACAAAAGAAAGAAGCAUUUGCAGUUCUUAGUCAACUGUUACCUCCUCUUCGCAACUGCAGUUUCAUUCGCAAUCUGAAUCUGAUUCGAGCCAAAGUGCCUAUUUUGAAAUUCCGUGAUACGCUGGCUGGCGUGGAUUGCGAUUUGAAUGUGAACAAUGUUGUGGGUAUUUAUAAUACACAUUUGCUAGCUAUGUACACAAGAAUUGAUUGGCGAGUGCGCCCGUUGGGCAUGUUUGUGAAAUAUUGGGCUCAACGUAUGGACAUACAUGACGGUAGUCGAGGACGGCUUUCCACAUAUCCGUUAUUGCUCAUGCUGAUCCACUACCUUCAGGCUUCAUGCACACCGCCCAUUUUACCUAAUUUACAGGCUCGGUUUCCCAAAAUUUUCAAUUACGCUUGUCCACUAUCUGAGUUGGAUAUGCGUUUGGAACUGCCCUGGGCUGAGUUACGUUCGAACAAUCCAGCUAGCCUCGCCGAGCUCUUUGUUGGUUUUAUUCAUUACUACACAAAUGAGUUCGAUUUCUCCCGUUGGGCUAUAUCGGUGCGCAAUGGUGCUCCACUUCCGAUAGACAUGGCCAUUCGUCGACUGCCUCCCCACGAGCAAGCACACACGGCGCGCAGUUUCAAAGUUUUUGUUGAGGAACCGUUUUGCCAGAGCAACGCCGCCCGCUCUCUCUAUGAUGAUAAUGUGCUGUCUCGAAUUCGUCAGGCAUUUGUGAAGACGCACCAGGCGUUACGAGCUCACCGGCCGUUGGAAUCUAUUUGGGUGAAUGCAACAACUGAGGCCAUAUGA